AUGCCUCCUCACCCCAGAAAAGAGUUGUCGCUUUUUCGCUCCACCGAAAUUGAGAAUUAUUCCAACGAUCCCUCCAAGCGUCUCAUUCACCUUACGGGUACUACUGAACAUUCGGUGUUCUAUCAUAUUCCUAAGCACCUUUCAUCUUUGAGAUCAUCCCUGGCCUUAAAAUUAAGUCAGAAAUUCCCCCUUGGAGUCGGUCUCGGAUUAACUUUAACUGAAGAUUCUACAGGCACCAAUAUGGAAUUUACUUUAGCUUCAAAAGGCAAUUGUGAGUCGGCCAUUGCCUCACCUAUCAACAUUGGAGAUACGUUUUUCCAUGCCUCUCCUGCCGUUCAUCCAGAUCGAGCUCUCUUAUGUAUCAAUUUGACCAAACUGCCCAUCUGGACUUUAGAUAAGCUUCGCAAUAGUCUUCUUAACAAUUUAUCACGUUAUGGUAUAGUCCGUAAAAUUGUCAUUUAUUUGGAUGAUUGUUCCGGCUCAUGGUCCACAGGUAACGGCCCUGUAAACAUGGAACGUCCUAGUAAUGCCAAUAAGACUCAUGAAGUAUUGACUUAUAACAUUCUACUUGAAUGA